UCUUAUUUUUCCUCCGUCAAUCUUAUCCGUGACCCUCUAUUUUUCCAGGGGGAAGCAGCAGAUAAAACUUGAAUUUGGGAAGCCCCCCUCAAUCGCAAUUAGAAUGCUGAAUUCCGCGGAUAAUUAGAAUCAAAUGCUCCAAAGAAAUGCUGAAAUAGCAGGGCUGGCUCGGAAAGGAACAACUUAAACUGACGGGGCAGAUUUUGUGGGUCACCCUCCCUUUUUUCCCCAUCCAAAGGCUCACCCCGAGGUGCCGCAUCCUCCUCCGGCCGGGACCUCCCGGGAGCUUCCCGGUGCUCGGGAUGGAGCCGGCUGCGGGAAGGCUGCGGGAAAAGAGGAGGGAGAGAGUCGGGGAGGGGACUCGUGUCGCUGUUUUUCCAGCGAUUCCCCGAUUUCGCCCGUUGGAGAGAGCGGGGCCGGAGCGACGCGCUCGGGGCUGCGGGAGCGCACGGCCCGGGGGCACCGGGGAUCGGCUGCGGGGGACACACAGGGAGCUCUGCCCUCCCGGCCACGCACCGACCGCCCCAAAAACCUCUGGAAAAGGGGAUUUGAAAUAACCGGCGGUCCCGCGGCACCGCUCCGCCACCCCCGUUCCGCGGCGCUGGGAAAAGCACGCGGCCGCUCCAUCCCGCACCCGCUGCCCGGUACCCAGCUAGAACAGCGGGAGCCCGGCUGCACGCCGGAGCGCGAAACACAUCCCCACCGUCGGGGGGUCCCCGCCAGUACCGCGCGGCGGUGAAGCGCCCGGACGAUUUGCAGCGGAAAAAAGCACAGAGGAGCCGAAAGAGGCAGCCGGAGCAGGGAGCCGGAACAGCGGCGGGCGGCAUCCACCGGGCCCGGGCGGCAGCGGGACCCUCAGCGGGACCCCGGGCUGGCGGCGGCUCCACCGGCGGAGCGGGAGCUCUGAGGCGGCGAGCGCGCGGCACGGGCCCGCCGUGCGAAGCCACGCCCCUUAUGUAAAUCACCGCCCCCUCUCCACCAAUGGCGGGCGGCGGCGGAGGCGGGGCCGCUCGCCCUGCCCUUAAAGUAACUUGUUGCCAGGGGCCCCGUUUCGCACUGGACGUGGAGCGCGGCGCGGGCAGCGCGGGGCCCCGGCGGCGGCGGCAGGACCGGCUGCGGAGCGGGGGGGGCUAGCGCGGAUUUUGAGCUGAGUUUCGAGCGUUUCGUGUCUUUUUUCUCCUUCUAGAAUUUCUUGUUUUUACUCGUUUUCCCGCGGCGCCCCGCGGAGGGUGCGCGGGCCUCCCCCCACACCCCCGGGCGGGCACAGCGCACGGCCGGCCCGGCUCUGCCGCCCGCCGAUGCUCAACAUGACCGAGGAGCACGACAAAGCGCUGGAGGCUCCGUGCAGCCCCGCGGGCACCACCAGCUCCAUGUCCCACGUGGACUCGGACUCGGACUCGCCGCUCUCCCCCGCCGGCUCCGAGGGGCUGGGCUGCGCCCCCGCGCCCGCCCCGCGCCCGCCGGGCGCCGCCGCGCUGGGCGCCAAGGUGGACGCGGCCGAGGUGGACGAGCGCUUCCCCGCCUGCAUCCGCGACGCCGUCUCGCAGGUGCUCAAGGGCUACGACUGGAGCCUGGUGCCCAUGCCCGUCCGCGGCAACGGAUCGCUCAAAGCCAAGCCGCACGUCAAGCGGCCCAUGAACGCCUUCAUGGUGUGGGCGCAGGCGGCCCGCAGGAAGCUGGCGGAUCAAUACCCGCAUCUGCACAACGCCGAGCUCAGCAAGACCCUGGGCAAGCUCUGGCGUUUACUGAGCGAGAACGAGAAACGUCCCUUUGUGGAGGAAGCCGAGCGGCUCAGGGUGCAGCACAAAAAGGAUCACCCGGAUUACAAAUACCAGCCCCGGAGGAGGAAAAGCGUCAAAGCCGGGCAGAGCGACUCGGACUCGGGGGCUGAGCUCAGCCACCACGCCGGCACUCAGCUCUACAAGGCCGACACGGGGCUGGGGGGCAUGGCUGACUCCCACCACCACGGCGACCACACAGGCCAGCCCCACGGACCCCCCACGCCGCCCACCACCCCCAAAACCGACCUGCACCACGGCGGCAAGCAGGAGCUGAAACACGAGGGCCGGCGCCUGGUGGAGAGCGGCCGCCAGAACAUCGACUUCAGCAACGUGGACAUCUCGGAGCUGAGCAGCGAGGUCAUCAACAACAUGGAGACCUUCGACGUGCACGAGUUCGACCAGUACCUGCCCCUGAACGGCCACGCGGCGCUGCCGGCCGAGCACGGCGCCAACGCCGCCUCCUUCGGCGCCUCCUUCGCGCACUCGGGCGCGGCCGCGCAGGUGUGGACUCACAAGAGCCCGGCCGCGGCCUCGCCGGCGGCGGCCGAGCCGGGCCAGCAGCGGCCUCACAUCAAGACGGAGCAGCUGAGCCCCAGCCACUACAGCGAGCAGCCCCACGGCUCCCCGGCGCACUCCGACUCCUACGGCUCCUACAGCGGCCAGGCCUGCGCCACCUCGGCCGCCCCGGCCGCCGCCGCCGCCGCCUCCUUCUCCAGCUCUCAGUGCGACUACACGGACCUGCAGAGCUCCAACUACUACAACCCCUACCCCGGCUACGCCUCCAGCCUCUACCAGUAUCCCUAUUUCCACUCGUCGCGCCGUCCCUACGCCACCCCCAUCCUCAACGGGCUGUCCAUCCCGCCGGCGCACAGCCCCACCGCCAACUGGGAGCAGCCCGUCUACACCACGCUGACCAGGCCUUAAAGGAUUCCCGGAGCCUCCCGAGGCUUCCCUGGAAUUAUGCACUAAUGAAGGAAUGAGGAGGAAGAGCGUGGAGUGUUCCAAAGUGCCUCCUGAGCCGCUGGGAACUUUCUGCUGGUCGCCACCUUGCUUUGAAACUCCCCCGAAAGGACAGAGCUCUUAUUUUUUUUGUUUUGUUUUUUUUUUUCGUUGAUUCGUAGGAUUUAAGAAA